AUGAAGGGGACAGGAGACACUUGGCGGUCUGCUGGAGCAGCACAAGGAGCAGCAGCAGCAGCUGGAAGCACGCGAACUGCAGCAGCAAAGCCGCGCAGCAGCAGCAGCAGCAGCAGCAGCGACGGCAGCAGCAGCAGCAGCAGCAGCAGCAACGAGCUGGACGCCAACGCCUCCGGCGUGGACGUGCUGAACGCGCUUUUCUCUCGCGGCGGAGGAGAUGCAGCAGCAGCAGGAAGUGCAGCAGCAGCAAAAGAUGCAGCAGCAGCAAAAGAUGCAGCAGCAGCAAGAGAUGCAGCAGCAGCAGGAAGACGAGCAGCAGCUGGCGAAGGCGGAGCAGCAGCGGCCAGGAGGCGGAGGCAGGCGCCUGUGCAGCAGCAGCAGCAGCAGCAGCAGCAGCAGCAGCAGCAGCGGAAGAAGCAGGCUUUGCAGGGGUCGCAGCAGCGAAGAAGAAGGGCCUCGGGAUCGAAAGACGAUCCCAGGGGAGACGAUCCCAGGGGAGACGAUCCCAGGGGAGACGAUCCCUUUGUGGGGACAGUGCCUGUGGAGGGUUUUGGGUUUGCUGCAGUUGCGAAGAAGGAGAAGCAGCAGCACGGAGCAGCAGCAGCAGCAGCAGAGGAAGGUGCUGCAGCAGCAGCAGAGAAGAAGAAGAAGAAGAAGAAGGCCGCGAAGAAGGCUGCAGCAAAAGGGAUCAAAGCUGCUGCUGCUGCUGCUGCAGCAGACGACGCAGAUGAUGCAGCAGCAGCAGAAGACUCCCUCAGCAGCUUGGACGAUCUGCUGGCAGCAGCAGCAGCAGAAGAAGAGACACAAGACUUCGGAGACUCCGGAGACUCCAGCAGCAGCUUCGACUUCAAACUUGGCAGCAAAAACCGCGAAGUGGAGACACAAACCACCCAAUCCAACUCCUGGGAUAACGACAGCUUCCCAGGCACCCGGGACUGGAGCCCCGCGCUGCGGCAAAAAGACCCCAAGGAGACAGCAGCAGCAGCAAGAGAGUUGGCGCAGCGGCGAGAAGAAAGGAGACUGCGGGAAAUGGAACUGAGUCAGAAGAAAGCCUCCAUCCAGGACCUCUACAGCACCGUCAAAACCGUCUCCCCAGGACUCAGUAACCCCCACUUCAUGGGUUUAGGACUACCUGGGGUCUGUGUUCAACGCCAUGAAGGGCAACCCCUCGUUGCCCCGGUGCUUGUGGUAGAAUACUACCUCGGGGCUGGCUACGACGCAGUGAAGGGAAACCCUCUCGGCGACCCCAAUCUAAUGGGGGACCCCGGCCUUCGCUUUCCAAUUAUUCAGUUCAGCUUUCUGCAGGCGGCCGCGGGGGUUUCGCCGGACUUGAAGGAGUUGCAGCCUUUGGGGGCCUACAGCCGCCCCUUCGUGGCUUGCAAGCAGUCGGAGCGUUUGAGCGAAGUGGCGACGCUGGCGGACUAUUUGCAGGAGUUGGCGGCGGACGCGGCGGUGGCUGCGGGCGACUCGCUGGGCUUUAACGCGUUUUCGGCUUCUGCGGCUUACCGCGAACAAGCACGGAAAACCGUGCAGAAAAAGUCCCGCACUUUCAUACUCAAAACCUACUGCCUCCGCUACGAGGCCGGACUCGCUCAAAGCGACGACUUCAGCUGGAACUACACGCUGGCGUUCACGGAUGGAGUGGCGGCUUUGCCGGAGGUGUUCGACGGCAGCAGCGGCGAAGGCCAGGGCUGCAACGCAGCAGUCUGGCGGGAGAACAGCCACGACAGCAUUUGCGCAGACACCAACGUCAAGACCUGGAUGAACUUCAUUGACCAGUUCGGCACUCACUACAUCGUCAAACUCUUCGCAGGCGGGAAGCUGACGCAGCAAAUCACAAUGUCGAACUCGGACAUCGCGCAGCUGACGAGCUCCGGCACGAACGUGAAGAGCGCGUUGAAGGCGACUUUCGGGGUGGUGAGUGGCGGCGUUUCUUCGAAUGUUUCCAAAGAAGCGGAACAAAGAGAACAACUCAAACACUUCCAAUACGAAACCGAAACCCUUAUCGUCGGAGGCCGAGUCCCAAAAGACGUUUCCGACCCAGACUCCAUGGCCGAGUGGUCCGACACAGUUGAGGAACUCCCCAUGCCGGUCAAGAUCACCAUCCAGUCGCUUUCCUAUUUGCUGCCCCAAGAAAAAAAAGAAGCAUUUGAAAAGGCUUCGCGUUUUUACGCGGAGGCAGUUGGAAUGUCGAGGUCCGACCUCAGUGCCAUGGGGGGAAAAGUCGAGUCCAUUGGCGAAGUGCUGCGAAAAGCCACGCAAGUCACCUACGCCGGAGACCCUCCUGGCUAUGCUUUCUGCGCCCCCCACGAGCGGAUUUUGUUGGGUUUUGCACUUCAACUGAAUUUCCUCAGCGACACAGCCAUUGCGCAAGACGCAGAAAUCAAAGCCUGCCCUUCCGGCAGAGACAAAUGCGACGGAAUUGAAAAACCACCCAAAGAAGGCGAUGACACUCGCAUUUUCGCCCUUUGUGGCCCCGAGCCCGUCGCAGGACUUGAACAAGUCGUCGCCCAAGGCCCAGCAAAAGCAAUGGCUGUUUGCCCCCAAGGCUCUGUCAUUUUGAGCGGCUUCACUUUGUCGCUGGCAGGGGGCCGUGAGGGUCCCCUGAAAACAAUGUUCUUUCCUUGCAGAGCAGGGGUCCCCACAUGCAGCGUUUUGGCCACGCGAGGCAUCGAAAAGAACUUCGUGUGGAUUGCAUGCGUGGAAGAGAAAACGCCAGGCUUGCAGGACAUCGUAAAUGUGGCGGAGACAGUCACAGGGGUGGCUUCCAAAGUGGUCAAUAUGGACGGCACUGUUAAAGUCCUUUGCCCCGAGUCUCUUGGCGUCGCAUUUGAAAUGCCAAACUCUUCUUCAGACACAACUUCCCUGCAGCACAGGGAGAAGAAGUGA